AUGGAGAUUCUUUGGUGGAAGCAACAGUUUCCUAUUAGAAAAGUGGAGUUGAGCAAUGGAAAUGGAAGUAGAUGUUGGCACCAGGAACUGGAUGCCAUGUUAGACUUUGCGUAUUAUGCUGAAAGUAAAGUUCUGCUUCAUUCUGGAUCAGGUACUGUGAGGGGGAAGUGCUUUGACAAGUGUAUCACCAAACCAGGGAGUAGUCUGAGUGGGAGUGAGAGUAGUUGCAUUUCCAGGUGUGUGGAUCGCUACAUUGAGGCCACUGGUAUCAUCAGUAAGGCCCUUUUCAGUGCACCACGCUAG